AUGAAGACUCAUGAUCGGCUUCUAAAGCAUUGUGGCAGUUUUGCCACACUGGCCUUUGUUCUGCUGUUGCUUUCUCGCCUGACCCACAAAGCCCGUGGGACCCGUGUGACCCGUACUUGGUCCAGCUACUUCUCAGCCUUCGAAGCUCUAGGGCUUUUGGUUUUCGGGGCCUCUGCCUGGCUCCAACGAGACCAUCGCUGCAUUUUGGGACGACCAGUUCGAGCACUGCCAGCCCCAGCGCACUCUGCGGGUGUGACAGCGCUCAGCGAGCUCGGACUCCGCGUAGGAAGCUCUCCGCCGAGCCCCUCGGGUCCCAGCCGCGUGGGCAGCGUGCGCUUCGAUCCCUUGAUUGCAGUGAUGACGAUUCCCUGUUGCACGGAGCUGGCAACUGAGAAGAGAGAACACCUCUGGUGGCAACCCGAUGACUUUGUCAACUUCUUGAGGACACGGCUGGAUAUUGCAGAAGCCUACAAAGCUGCUGCACACAGCCUGGGGGUUGAGAUGUUCAAUGUUUGCAGUGUUGGUGAUUAUGCGAAAGCAGCUUACCAGGCGACCAUUGAGACUUAUCCUGGUCUGAAAGAUGAGUCUCGGCGCGGUCUGGGCUUAGGCCGCCGGAACCAACGUGCCAGAAACAGAGAUGCGUACCUGGCGGCGGUCGUCAAUGAGCAGGGAAGGCAAAAGCAGUUGGGCCUACAUGACCCUGAGGCUCUAGCAUCCGUGGAUCGAGAAUAUGCACACUUCCUUGCUCAGAUGUACUAUGAGCCGCUGAGAUUGACUGUUUCAAGAGUUGAUCAGAGGAAUUCUGUCGAUCCCGAGCGGGCAGAUUUUUGGGGAUUCCCAACAGGUCAGUGCUGUACGUGGUGA